AUGUCGGACGACGAAAGGGAAAUUGAUAUCACCGAUCUCUCGGUCAGGGAUAACGAGCUCGACUUCUGCGACGAUGCCUCUGACGAUGAGUACGCUGGAGACGUGACCUGUCUUUUCAGCGAGGCCACCUUCGCUACCACCAAAGAGCUGUUCGAGCACAUGAAGGAGAAAUACAACUUUGACUGGGCCGAACACAAGCCCAAGGAGAGCAUUGACCAGAUCAAGCUGGUUAACUACAUCCGAAAGCAUAAGGAGGCACCCAAGGCCGGAGAGACGCUGUCGGACGAGUACAUGACCCCUGUUCUGGAGAACGAUAUGCUGAUCAUGCGACUACUCGAGGAGGACGACGAUGAGGAGGAGAAAGAGGUUGAUCCUGUCGAGAGGCUCCAGCAGGAGAACGAAUUUCUCAAGCAGAAACUCAUUGAGGCCAACCGUCUACUUGCCUCGGCUACUGACGAUUCUUCUGCCAAUGCUAACAAGUCCACUCUUUCUUCGUACGACACUAAUUACUUCGAUUCGUACGCUCACAACGAAAUCCACAUGCAGAUGCUCAAGGACCGAGUUCGAACCGAGUCAUACAGAGAUUUCUUCUACCACAACAAGGACAAGAUCAAGGGCAAGGUUGUUCUGGAUGUUGGAUGUGGUUCCGGUAUUCUGUCCAUGUUUGCUGCCAAGGCUGGGGCUCGACGAGUUUACGGUGUGGACAACUCUGAUAUUUUCGAGAAGACUAUUCUUAAUGUGAAGGAGAACGGCUAUGAUGACGUCAUUACCCUGAUUCGAGGAAAGAUUGAGGAUAUCAGUAAGAACCCUGCUGCCUUUGGUAUCACCGAGAAGGUUGAUAUCAUCGUUUCUGAGUGGAUGGGAUACGGUCUUCUUUUCGAGAGCAUGCUUGACUCCGUUCUGGUUGCCCGUGACGCUCUCAAGCCCGAACUCAUGGCUCCAUCUCAGACUACUCUCGUCGUUUGUGCUUCUGAUGACACCGAGUACCUCGAUAACGUCGCUUACUGGGAUGACGUUUACGAGUUCAAGAUGACUGCCAUGAAGCCCAAGAACGUCGAGUCUGCCAAAUUCGUGGAGUGCCCCAUUGAGGUCUACCCCAAGGAGACUGUGGUCUCCACUUUUGGCGUCAUUCGAGAGCUCGAGCUGCAUACCUUGACGCUGGGCGACCUUGCCGACUUCACUUCGGACUUCAAGAUUGUCAUGGAGAAGGAUGCCGACGUGACUCUGCUCAUUGUGCACUUUGAUACCUUCUUUACUGUCGAUCGAGAGACACAUACCAUUGAGAAGGACUCCCAGACUGGCUCGUGGCCCUCUCAAGGAACCGGCAUUUCUUUCUCUACCGGUCCCCAUGUCACCCCCACGCAUUGGAAAGCUGCCGGUCUCCCUCUUCAGAAGAAGUACCCUCUCAAGAAGGGUGACGUGAUUGAGGGAACUAUGCGAUUCAAGAAGGGUCAUGAAAACUCCCGAGAUCUUCACAUUGUCCUCGACACAAAGGUCGGAGGAGAUGAUAUCUCCAAGGUCUACAACAUCAGCGCUUAA